AUGGUUCAUUUUUCUAUCUUACCUGUGGCAGCUAUCGCUGUGGCCAUACUCGGAGCAGAAGCUGGCCCUUGCCGACCUAUUACCACGGCCGUGACAAGUCUUCCUGAGACGUCGUCGAUGGUGGCAUCUUCUACUACGGUUACAUCAUUGGAUGCUACUACGACUAUUUCCUCGGGUGCCACUACAGUCACUACCCUGUUAGAAACUACCUCAACCGCCUCAGCCGAAUACACGACAACUGCUACCCUGGAUGCUACUACAGUCACUACCCUGUCAGAGUCUACCAGUACCGCCCCGGCCGCAUCCACGACGACUACUCAAGAGCCCGCCUGCGUUGAAACCCAGCUACUUGCCAACCCAAGUUUUGAUGAUAGCGCCAGCAGCAAGGCACCCUGGGUGGCCGAUGGCUGGCUCAUCCAAGACAGUCCCCAUAGCGGCCCUAACGCUUUGGCCAAUGUCUUCUACGGCGGUCGAGGCACCGCGAAUGUCAAGCAGACCUUGAGCAAUCUCAAAGGCAACUACCAGUUCUAUUUCCAUUAUAGAGUUGCCAGUGCUAGCUUCGGUGCCGACUACACAUGUGGCUACUCAGUCAAGGUCGGAGAUGUGUCCAUUUCUGACCUUGGUCUGUAUUAUGAUGUUGGCAAUUGGAGGUCGGGAAGCCAGAACUUGGCGAUUGGGGCCGAGAAUGUGGCUGAAGCUGAUGUGGAAUUGAGCAUAUCCUGCGAUGGAGAGUUCGCUCAGGUUGCAGUCAAUUUGGAUGACAUCACACUCACGCAAAUCUGUGAUCCUGAUCUUUGA